UGCAGCGCUGCCGUGAUCUAAGUUUCUAGGACACAUUAUUUCGUCCUUAUAACUCCCUUACUAGCCCACAAGCUCAUGAAGUGCGCAGAAUCGAGCACAUGCCCGUUUGCUUGAUGGCAUGCCUGAUUGCUUGAUGCAAUCAGGCAAGCAGGCCUGUGAUCCAUCCAUACUAUCAUGCGUCAGGUUCUGCUAAUUUGGAAGCCGAGUAUCCCAUCUAUCCAAUUCCUGUGGCUCUGCUCCCCCGCGACGCAAAGGACAGAGAACAGGUUGGGGAAUAACAGUCGAAGCCGAGAACAAAACCCCAAGCUCGGAAUGCGGCGGCACGCGCACAAUAGAUCAAUAGCAACUUGGGCGCUGGCGCAGAGCAAAGCACCGCUGGCCAAAAAAGCAAAGAUAAUGUGUGGAGUGGAAACAAUAGCGACGAAGGGAAAAGGGAAGGCAGGGCGUGGUAAUGGAAAGAAAUAGGUUGUUAUAUUGUUCAUUGACUCGUACAAUAUCUCAUAUUAGUCUAUUAACAAUUCAACAUUCCUCUGAGGCCACCCGACGGCGACGACGAAGGUUGAUUAGCGUGGGAAGCCUUACAUCACCACCAGUGCCGAUCUGGACUUGACCGAUCGCAGAACGACCAACACGGCAACAGCGCGAUGUCCGCAGCGUCCGUCCGACACCAAACCAUGUCCUAAGAUUAAAAAAGUUGGGCACAAGCCAUGCCCAUGCCCAUGCCCGCCAUCAAAUGCCCGCCAA